GUCGAGGGCCGAGGGCCGAGGGGCAAGGGGCCUUUGCCCAUUCAUACAUUUCAUCUCAUCGCUUGAUGCUGUUGUUUCAUUGCCUUCGCUCCUGCCGCGAGCACGCACGCUGCUGCACAAGAGGAGGUGAAGAAGCGCAAGGGAGGGCAGAGCGGGAAGCAGAAGAAGAAGAAGCAGCAGCAGAAGGAGAAGGAGGAGGAGGAGGAAGAAGAGGAGGAGUAGAAGUGCAGCAGACUCGCUUCGCUGCCAGCCAGUGAGUGAGUGGGGUGCUUGCUCGCCGUCGUGUCGUGUAGGGCGAGGGGGAGAGAGAGAGAGAGAGAGGGAGAGAGGAUGAGAGGAGGGGUGGUGGCUUAAAGCAAUUCGGGUACAUCUGUGGAUCUACUGCUGUUCGGUAGAGUUUCCAACGCCUCGGAUUGGAGACCAGAAACGCCCAUCACUUACCGUAUCGCUGACUAAGCCCGAGCGCAAACGAGAGGAGCCGAGGUGAGGAUAGCAGAGGAGCGCCUGCGGAGGGAGGGAGGGAGGAGCGAGGUAGGAAGGGAGGGAGGGAACUAGGCAGGAAGUGCAUGCCAGCACAGCUAAGGAAUUUUUUUUCGCGUAGCACACGACCACGGCGGGAUGACAGUUUGAGGAUGAUAGACAGCGCCAGGCCUUCUUCUUCUCUGCUGCAGGCAUGCGGAUGCGGUAUUUCAUCGAGGUCGAGGAGUCUCUUCAGCUAUUAUGACAUCAACAGCUCUUAUUCUUGUCUAGCAAGAGCUGUUCUCUGAUUCAGCCCCUGUAGUUCCGUCCGGCAUCAAGCGAGAGGCCGGUGUGCUGCCGCGAAUGUCAACUCGAUAUGAAUUGACGGCCUCCACGUAGAACAAGCGCAAUUCAGAGUGAUGUUCUGGAAUCCUCGUCGGCUUCUACCCGGUCUUUCGAUACAUUUGGACAACGUUCUCAAUACUUGUGCACGCGAGGUGACGUCGCUGACGGAUUGUGAAACUUCUGUCUACAGCGAAGAGACUUACUUAUCCAUCGAUUUCAGGAUCAUCCAUCCAACCCGGGUGGAAUUUGAUUGCUUCGGUCGUCCUUCUGAAGCGGAGCGUUUCUAGAUUGGGUAGUCAGUGAUGUCCAACAAAGACGGAUUUGAUAUUGGGUACGCUUUGGCACAGAAGAAACAAAGAAGUUUUGUGCAGCCUACGUUGAUCUCUCAAGCGAAGAGCAAGGGCAUCAAUUUGAUCUGCAUUGAUGUGCUCAGGCCGCUGGUUGAACAAGGGCCCUUCGAUGCAAUUCUCCACAAGGUUUCGAGCGAGGAUUGGAACAGGCAACUAGCCGAAUAUGAGACAAGGUAUCCUGACGUCAUUAUUGUGGAUCGGCCAGAGGCAAUUGAGAAGCUUCACAAUCGAAUCUCCAUGCUUCAAGCCGUUGCGGAGGUGCAGGUCAAUGUGGAGCGAGCAACCUUUGGGAUCCCGAACCAACGCGUGGUGGAGCGUUGCGAGGAACUGGCCGAUCUUCGAGCUAUGGCGGGUCUGAAGUUUCCGGUGAUUGCGAAGCCCCUCGUGGCCGAUGGCAGUGCCAAAUCUCAUGCCAUGUCGCUAAUUUUCAAUAACGAGGGCAUCACGAAGCUUAAGCCUCCGGUUGUCAUCCAGGAGUUCGUGAAUCACGGAGGAGUCAUCUUCAAGGUGUAUGUUGUCGGUGAUUACGUGAAGUGUGUUAGGAGGAGGUCUCUUCCCGACGUGGACGAGGACUCGUUGAAGAGCACUGAGGAACCUCUAUCGUUUUCGCAAAUUUCAAAUAUGGCUUCCAACCCCGAACAAUCAAGCCAGGUAGUAGAUGAAAAGUUGUCACAGGCAGAGCUUCCUCCGUCUAAGUUCAUAGGAGAUAUUGCCAAGGGCUUGAGGAAAGCUCUCGGUCUACGGCUGUUUAACUUCGACGUGAUCAGAGAUACCAGAUUAGGAAAUCACUACCAUGUGAUUGACAUCAACUACUUUCCAGGAUAUGCGAAGAUGCCCGUGUACGAAUCUGUUUUAACAGAUUUCUUCCUCGGACUCGCACAUGAGAAAGCCGCCGCAGGAGAUCCAGCACCCCUGGAAGCCGUCACGAACUAAAUUUCUUGUCGAUGUUGUCGGUUUGGACGCUCUUUUUGUCCAAAUCAAUGCGACGGACCGGGAGACGAUCCUGGGGUGAUUUUAUCAGAUGCAAGAGAAAAAAAAGGCUCCGGAGGUGAGGCUUGACACUGGCAUUCAUGGCCUUUAUGUUAAAGCUUUUGCAGUUGAUUCAGAGUUGUAAUCAAACUGUAACGGUUGUUUCUCAAUGAAAGAAAGCAGUGAAGGUUAGUGCGACUUUUCCACACUUGUUGGAACCAGUGAAUGACAGUAGCACCUUGUACAGCGGCUGCAAGUAUCAAUGUUGAGUUUCCAAAGUAGGGGCUGCAGCGCAGUCCAUGUUUCUGUGCACCCUUUUGAAAGAGUGAACCGCUUGGAGGACGAUAGACAUUGACUGGCCUCUUUUGCGCCCAUAAAAACAGAGGCAUUCAUGUGACAUGUGCGUAGCAAUUCAUCCAUUCUCCCUCUUUUUUCCCGUAGAUAUCAAAAUCAUUUUUUGUUAUUUCAUGUCCAGGUCCUUAUCAAUGCUGAAUUUAUGAGGACAUGAAUAGCAAGACUCCCGGGUGAUGUGAGUGAGUGCAGCCACUGUCGAUGUGCCGGAUCCUUCCGGUCAGUUGUUGGGUGUUCGCAUAUCAUGUUUUAUAGUAGCUUGUAAAGUACCUUCAAUCUUAGGUUGUGGCAACAAUUUUGAGAUAUAGCAUCACUGUGUUGAGUAGUGUGGACGCACUGCUGGAGAUUGCAGGCUGGCUCUUAGAGCAGGUUCUGACAUAUUUUGUAGCGUAGCCAUGUUGGUCUUGACAAAAUGUGAUUUUCCACAUCCACACACGUCUACAGUCGGAAAUCGAAGGUGGUCGCUGAGACUUUUUUUUUUUAAUUCUUUUGU